AUGAAGAUAAAGACGGCGCUAUGUAUAUCCAUCGUUCUCAUUGGAAUUACAUUGGUACUGGAUGUUGCUAAUGUUAUGAAAAUACGUAUUGCUUAUGUGAAAGGAAAUGACGUCCGCUUCUGGAACGACCCUGUCCUUGCUGUGUGUGAACCACAACACCAGAUAGUAUUCAUCAAAACCCACAAGACUGCCAGUACGACCACAUGUACCAUCAUACUGAGAUACGGAUAUAUUCGGAACUUAUCGUUCGCACUGCCACCAGUUAGUCAGCGUAAAUUCCCAACCACCGAACUGUUUACUGCAGAUAAAGUCGAAGAAUACUCAAACGGCAUCACCAACGCAACUUUCAACAUCAUUCCCUACCACUUCCGGUACAAUCGCAAAGAACUAAACAAAGUGGUACCUGGUGCGAUGUAUAUAACAAUACUACGGGAGCCGACCGCUCAAUUUGAGUCGGCAUUUGGUUACUUUGAGGUGGCGAAGCAUCUAGAUUUGGUAAAUAUCUCGAAUCCUCUUGCAGUGUUCAUGACGUCACCAGAUCGAUACUAUUCUGAUGAAAGGGAAUUUAAAGGGAAGACCCAACUUCGAAACGGCAUGGCCUUCGACCUAGGCUUGUCGGAUGAUAUUCACACGAAACAUGACAAAGACAUUGAAAGGGAAGUCGCUCGCUUGGACCGAGAAUUGAACCUCGUCAUGUUGGCCGAUUACUAUGAGGAAUCGUUGAUACUAUUGAAGAAGUUACUUUGUUGGGAAUGGCGUGAUGUCCUGUACAUUCCAAAAGGCCAUCGCAGUGAAAGUCUCAAGUACGCCCUCAAUCAGACAUUGGCGGACAGUAUACAGAAAUGGAACAGCGUAGACGUUGCUUUGUAUAACCAUUUUAAUAAAUCAUUUUGGCGAAAAAUUGGAGAAUAUGGGCCAACAUUUCAAAGAGAUCUGUCGGAAUUCAGAAAACGCCAGGCGAAGUUUUACGAUGAAUGCGUUGACUCUGUGAUAUCUUACAAAGACCGGCGAGAAGACCGUCUAACUUUGAAACAAGGGGCGUCUCAUUAUUGCGAACUGUCUUACUUUAGAGUCCCCGCGUACAAUAAGAUGAUUCGUUUGAAGAAGUAUUCUGAAGCAAAUAAUCCGAGUUAA